GGGCUUUUCCCCGCUGUCGUGACGACGGCCAGCUUUGUCAGCCUCAAGUGGGAGAUCGACGAAGUCGAGUCGCUCGAGGCUGUGAAGCCGAAACCGUCAGCGACGGGACUCGACGCCACGUUCGGCCUGCCUCAGGACGGAGUGACAUUUCAGUCGGACCCACCGGCACCUCGACUCGACUUCGUCAAACACGUCGAGCCCGGCGUCCGCAUGCGGCUGGAAUGCACUGUACACUCCGAGCCCCAGUCGACCGGCCUCGAGUUCGAGUCCCGCUCCACCGGACAAGCUGGCCCACCGGUCAGUGUCUAUCUCACCUGCCCUCUGGCGAAUGGUGUCUGUCUGGAGGACUGUAAAUCAUCCGCUUGGGUGGAGGGCAUCCAGUGUGAAGAGCUCCUCCGCCCGGCAACCGAGCCGCCCGACAUGCCGGUCGCCUGGCGCCAGGACAGACGGGCAGACGAGCCGGAGACGGGCGCCCAGCAACGCGUCUUUCGCUACCUCGUGCCGCAGGUGACCGGCCGGCACAACGGCACUUGGGCCUGCCAGAGCCGGGGCAGUUCGAGUUUGCAGAAGCAGUUGGUUGUCUCGGGUAAGCUUUGUCCACAACAGGGCAAGCAACCUCACCAACGAGUUGCCAUGGGCAACAGAGUGGUCUUGCGCAUAGAAGAUGUCUGA